AUUAAAAACUUACAUAAUUUUAUUUUAUGAUAAUAAUAUGCAAUACAAAGUAUUACGAGUAGUAAUUAAAGAUCAAAAUUUAUCUAAUUUAAUCAAAAAAAUCCAAAAAAAUAACAAAAAUAAACAAAAAGAAUAAGACGGAAAUAAUUUUUAAGUUUAUGAGUUUGUCUAUCACUGUCACUUUCAGCAUACUCCCUUCUCUCCCCCCAUCUCGGGGACUCAACCUUUUUUUUCGAAAUAAACGCAAUUUGGCUAGCUCUUCGGUUCCAUCGCCAUCCUCGAUCAGGGCCAUGGAAAAGAACCCACAAAAAGUUUCAGAUCCAUCUGCAAAGAAGAAGACACCAUCUAAGUAUAGUAACUCUAAUGUUAGAAGAUCUUGCCGGCUUCAAAAGCUUGGCUCCCCGGUCAGGUCAGAACUCGCUGCUGAGAAAAUUGAUCUUACUGCGGAGGAGACGCCACAGGCUCAGCUUAUUGACUCUGGUUACUCUGAGGAACAAGUAGGCAUCACUCCACUUGUGCAUGAAGUUGAUAAUGGUGAUGACGAAAAACACGAUGAUGAACAAGUGAGCAUGGAAGAGAAAAUUGACUUCCUGUACCGGACAGCAAAAGAACCUAAGAAAUCUAAGGCAUCCAAACAGCCCUUACCGAGUGGAACUACGUAUGAGGAUCUCAACUACAAAAGCUUGUAUAUCGACUCCCACAUAAAGAAUGAGGCCUUGGCAAAGGAAAACUCAAAGCUAGCCAAGGAAUUGGAUUAUGCUCUUGGGAAGAUUGAAGCUUAUGAGAAGAUGAAUGGUGUCAUUGGAAAGCAAAAGGAGAUGAUAGUUCUUACAAAUUUAGGCAAAGAUGGUGAUGGUGUCAUAAAUCUAUCUCAACUAAUGGCUGCUACACCAAACACAGCCCUAGAGACGCCCGGAGAGAAGUGUGGUGCUGAUAAUUGCGGUGGUGGUGCCUCCAAAUCUAAGGGUACAAAAUGUAGCAAAAGGAAGAUAACUUCUUAAGAUGCUGUCUGAGGAUGUCGUUAAUUAACUUCUUCUUUUUUUGUUUGUUAUGGAAGCACAAACUUGUAGUUGCUAUAUUAACUCUGGUAGUAUGGUAUUAGUUAUGGGAAUAGAACUAAUCAAGGCAUUUGAUGCCAGCAGCAUUAUGGGGGG